AUGGCCGCUGUGCAAGCUCAGAGAUCAUUGCAUCACCAUGGGGACAAGACGUCGUGCUAUAUGCUUCCCAAUGAGUAAGUCUUGCGGUCCGGUAUAGAUCCUCAUACAUGCUGAUCAAGCACAGCGACAUGGAAAGACACCGACUGCACCUCCAGCACCUCGCCUCCGUCGCCCUCCUGGGCGGCGACCACAUCAAAGCACCCCUGCAAGACCCCAAGAAAAUCAUCGACAUCGGCUGCGGCGUCAACGCCGACAUGACGCUCUUCCUCGCCGAGAGAUUCCCCAAUGCCAAAGUCUACGGCGUCGAUCUCUCCCCCAUCCAUCUGGAAAACGUACCCCCGAACGUGGAAUUCAUCCAGGGUAAUGUGCACCACCUCAUCGGCAAGGACGAAAGGCUGCAACCGGGGACCUUUGAUUUCGUCUUCUGGCGGUAUCUCUGCAUGGGCGUUCCGGACUGGGAAGAGCACGUGAGCAAGGUGGCACGAUUGGUCCGCGAAGGGGGCUGGGUGGAGAUGCACGAGCAUUUCAUGCCUGCCUUGUGGAAAGAUGACAGACACGUCACCAAGGACUCGGAGUGGUUCGGCCUGCUCACGAAGCCGAAACCUUGGCCCGAGGGUGAUCCCUUCGCCGUGCAAUACUUCCAGAACCUCUUCCAGGCGCAGGGCUUCAGCGAGAUGGGCGGCCUUCCCGUCUCGGCUCCCUUCGAUCCCCCGGAGAAGUUGCAGGGCCAGGACGGGCAGGCUUGGGCAAGGUAUGUGGCGGAGAAACACUUCAUUCAGUGGGUCUAUCCCAUCAUGGAGCGACUCUUCCCCGGCGAGGAGGGCAAGGCGGACCGGGCGCGGUUGGCGGCGGAGGCGGAGAGGAUUUUUGCCACCGAGGACGGGAAGCACUUUCGCUUUGCUGUGGUUUGGGGGAGGAAGGUGUGA